CAAACGAAUGAAUCACUUGCACAAGGUAGCGUGCUGUUCGGUUGCGGCAACUAGUAAUUUCCAGUUCCCUGUCUUUCUUUAUCAUCUGACAUAAGCUGAUCCGUCUAGUCAGCGGAGUAAGAUAGGUGAAGAUCAAAUGUUAUUUUAAGACAGAACGAGGACGAGAGUAACUUGAGGAAUGGCUGCAUCUAAAUGUACGCGACUGACUGGUACUCUGAGCAGACAGUUACUGGACUCGGUGGACAGUGUGCUGUUUGACUGCGAUGGCGUAAUAUGGAGAGGGGACCAGGCCAUCCCCGGAGCUCCUGAGGUGAUCAAUUCAUUGAAGAAAAGCGGAAAACGGGUGUUUUUUGUUACAAACAACAGCACGAAAACCCGACAAAUGUACGCGGAUAAAUUAGGCAAGCUCGGUUUCGAUGCCACCGCGGACGAAGUGUUCGGGACAGCGUACUGCUCAGCGGUGUACCUCAAAAAUGUGUGUAAACUCGACGGAAAAGUCUAUUUAAUUGGGAGCAAUGCGAUGAGGCAGGAGCUUGAAGACGUGGGAAUCCAUCCGCUCGGUGUGGGGCCUGACCCCAUCUCAGGAGUUCAGAAAGAUUGGGCGAAUGUUCCGCUCGAUAAAGAGGUUCAAGCUGUACUAGUCGGGUUUGAUGAGCACUUCAGUUACAUGAAGCUCAACAGGGCUCUGCAGUACCUGUGCAACUCCGACUGUCAGUUCGUGGGAACUAACACGGACACGAGGCUGCCUCUGGAGGGAGGCAAAGCAGUCCCGGGGACAGGGUGCCUCCUAAGGGCGGUGGAGACCGCUGCACAACGCCAAGCACAAGUGGUCGGGAAACCCAGCAACUUUAUGUUCGAGUGUGUUGCCAGCCAGUUCGGUCUGGACCCUGAGAGGUGUCUGAUGGUCGGAGAUAGACUGGACACUGACAUAAUGCUCGGCUCAAACUGUGGCCUGAAGACCCUGCUGACCCUUACAGGAGUUUCUACUGUAGCAGAAGCUGAGGCAAACCAGAAAAGCGAAUGUCCACAGAGGCAGAAAAUGGUGCCUGACUUCUAUAUAGACAGCAUUGCUGAUAUUUUACCUGCUCUACAAGCAUAGUCAUUGUUUACUUGAAAUUACCCACUUUAAUAGAGAAUAUUUAUCAAUACAGUAUAUGGGUAUUAAUAUUUUAAUAAUCCAAUUCACCCAAAUAGGUUUAAUAGAAAUUGUUUGUCUCUACAAAUAUAUGCAGUAUGAUUGUCAUCAAGGCUUCAUUUCAAACUGGCCUACCUCUUUUUGUUUUUUAAAUAGCCCACUGUUUUAUUGUUUUUUUGAAGGUAAUAUAAGGGCAAUAUGUUUUUAUUUUAUUUUAACUGUUUUCGUGUUUUAUUUUGUCUUAAAGUUGUAAUGAGUGUUUUUUCGGUCAGUAACGCUUGGGUGCUAAAAAACAAGUGACCCUCUAAAUUGUGCCGUUUGUUUUUAUUUAAUCAGAUGUACUUGUUCAGUUCUGUACUGUUAAUUCACUGUGUAACAUAAUGAAAGAAUAUUAUGAAUAUUUUCAAUGAUUAUAUUUUGCACUUGACAGCUUUGUCAUUCACUAACCCAUAAACCUGGUAGUGAGAUUUUACUUAUCACCACGGUUUGAACAAAGUGUUCAUUUUGCUUAACUGAUCAAAUAAAUAAGAACUGUUAA